GUGUUAGUUUCUUUUAUAAAAAUGGCGGAUCAAAUGCUUCCGUAAUGUUCCUCAAUUCAUUUGCGAAUAUCUAAUAAAAGAACUGAAGUUUUAAUUCGAAAAAUAAGUUCAAGAAGCGCUCAUUUCCAUCCGCGACCUCUUUUUGUAAGAGUAUUCUAAGAUGGCGUGCUGUCACCGUGUCAUAUGUGUAUUAUGAUUGUUUCGAUGCAUCAAAACGUUCACGUAGUGUGACAGGUUUCAUUUUCAUUGUGACAGUAGUUCUUGUGUAUCGAACGACGAAGAAAUUUUUAAUUUUGUUGAAACCUUAAAUUAUUUUGUAAUGGAAACCGAGAGACGGUCAGAUUUGUAUGAAGAAUGGAAAAAACGGAAUUAUCCGUGGUUGCCUGUAUAUUUUCAAUAUGUGAAAUAAUUGGACCAGAAAAAUUCAAUUUUCCAGGCCUUUCUGGGCCCGCUUCCUCAGGGAUUCCUUAGAGUAGAAGAACGUAUUAUCCAGCAACAACAAGAAGCUGCGGAUGAACAGGCAGCACUUGCGCUUCAUCAAAUGCAAAUGCAAAUUGGUAGACUCAGUAUAACGAUUGUCCAGGCUAAACUAGUAAAAAACUAUGGGAUGAUCAGAAUGGAUCCAUAUGUGAGAAUGAGAGUAGGUCAUGCAGUUUAUGAGACACAUACAUGCUCGAAUGGAGCAAAGAAUCCGCAUUGGAACAAAGUUAUUCAAUGCUAUUUACCACCUGGAGUUACACAAAUAUACAUAGAAAUCUAUGAUGAAUGUUCUUUUGUAAUGGACGAGUUAAUAGCAUGGGGCCAUGUAGACAUUCCACCCCAAGUGCUUCAAAAAGGAGAGACACGUGAAGAUUGGUACAUGCUCAGUGGAAAACAAGGAGCUAAUCAAGAGGGAAUGAUAAAUCUAGUUUUUAGUUAUACGACCAAAGGCCACCCAUACAUGAGUGUACCACCUGUUAUGAUGGUUCCGUCUUCAACGAUGUUUGGUAUAGGAAGACAACAUGCACCAGUAAAUGUUUAUGCAGCACCAUCCACAGCUGCUAUACCACCACCACCACCACCUGUUAUGCCCAGUUCUACGCCAAAUGCUGAAGUUGAAUUGAAACAGAUUUCAGAAAUGUUCCCAAAUGUGGACAAAGAAGUAAUUAAAUCUGUUUACGAUGUGAAUCAAGGGAAAAAAGAUGCAACUAUAAAUUCAUUACUUCAGAUGUGUGAAUAAGUAGCUUUUUUAUGCGAAUUAUUCUAUUUAAUUCCAAAGGCCAUAUUUGUAUUUUCUGCUAUGCUGUAUUCCUUUCAGAAUGUAAUAUAUGUGCGAUCUAUUACCAUGCAUUUUAUGGUAUUUUAACGUUUAGGAAGUUUCGUAAGGAGAUUCAUAAGACUUUAUCGGGCAGGGAAAUAUAUUUUCUGUGAAAGUAACAUUUUCAAUGUUUCCCGUAUUUAUUGAUCCUUUAUUUCUAUGUUUAUUGUACAUAUAAGAAUCGUCUAAGCAAUCUGUAUAUUUAAAAAAAAGAUAGAAUCAAGUAGUUUUCAUUUCGGUAACAAAAUUCUAUAUAAAUUAUAUUCUUUAUAAAAAUAUGGUAGUAUCAAAGGUGAACACGUAUAUUCAUAACUUUUUAUGCUGAGAAAUGUAAGCGGAUGUUCAAACCUAAACUAACAUACAGUUUUAAGUAGUAAAUACAAAAUGCUACAAAUAUUCCCCCAUGAUUUUUUGUUGUUUCUGUUACCAAGUUAAGGUAAUAUUUGUAACUUUUC